AUGUACCGCUCCACCAAGGGCGCGUCCAAGGCUCGCCGAGACCAGAUCAACGCGGAGAUCCGGAACCUGAAGGAGCUGCUGCCGCUGGCCGAGACGGACAAGGUCCGGCUGUCCUACCUCCACAUCAUGAGUCUCGCCUGCAUUUACACUCGCAAAGGCGUCUUCUUCGCCGGAGGCACUCCUUUGGCAGGCCCCACGGGGCUUCUCUCAGCUCAGGAGCUUGAAGACAUCGUGGCUGCGCUGCCUGGCUUCCUGCUUGUGUUCACGGCGGAGGGGAAGCUGCUGUACCUGUCUGAGAGCGUGAGCGAGCACCUGGGUCACUCCAUGGUGGACCUGGUUGCCCAGGGUGACAGUAUCUACGACAUCAUUGACCCAGCUGACCACCUCACCGUGCGCCAGCAAAUCACUCUGCCCUCCGCCCUGGACACUGAUCGCCUCUUCCGCUGUCGUUUCAACACUUCCAAGUCCCUCAGGCGCCAGAGUGCAGGCAACAAGCUGGUGCUUAUUCGAGGCCGAUUCCACGCUCACCCUCCUGGGGCCUACUGGGCAGGAAACCCCGUGUUCACAGCUUUCUGUGCUCCACUGGAACCAAGGCCCCGCCCUGGCCUUGGCCCUGGCCCUGCCUCACUCUUCUUGGCCAUGUUCCAAAGUCGCCAUUCCAAGGACCUGGCUCUGCUGGACAUCUCUGAGAGUGUCCUAAUCUACCUGGGCUUUGAGCGCAGUGAACUUCUCUGUAAAUCAUGGUAUGGACUGCUGCACCCUGAGGACCUGGCCCAUGCUUCUGCUCAACACUACCGACUGUUGGCUGAGAGUGGAGAUAUCCAGGCAGAAAUGGUGGUCAGACUGCAGGCCAAAUCCGGAGGCUGGGCCUGGAUUUACUGCCUGUUGUACUUAGAUGGUCCGGAGGGCCCCAUUACUGCCAACAACUAUCCAAUCAGUGACUCAGAAGCCUGGAGCCUCCGCCAGCAGCUGAACUCUGAAGACACCCCAACCCCCUACGUCCUGGGCACCCCCACCAUUGUGCCCUCAUUCCCUGCAGGCAUCCACUCUCAGGAGCAAUGUUCCAGCCCUAAUCCACUCUUCACGCCACCCCUGGGGGCUCCCGGAAGAGCCACCUUCCCUGGUGCUCCUGAACUGGGUGUUGUCUCAGCAUCCGAAGAACUUCCAAGGCCCCCCAAAGAGCUGGACUUCAGUUACCUGACCUUCCCUGCUGGGCCUGAGGCUUCUCUCCAAGCCGAGCUGAGCAAGGACCUCGUGUGCACCCCACCUUACACACCCCGCCAGCCGGGAGGCUGCGCCUUCCUCUUCAGCCUCCACGAACCCUUCCAGACACAUCUGCCCACCCCAUCCAGCUCUCUCCAAGAACAGCUGACUCCCAGCACAGCCGGUCUCUCAGAGCAGCUGACACCCAGCAGUGCCACCUUCCCAGAUCCGCUCAGCAGCCCACUCCGGGGCCAGUUCACGGAAGCCUCGGCCAGAAGCUACGAAGACCAAUUGACUCCUUGCACCUCCACCUUUCCCGAGCAGCUGCUGCCCGGCACUGCCACUUUCCCAGAGCCCCAGGGUGGUCCGGCCCAGGAGCAGUUGACUCCUCCCAGCACAGCCUUCCCAGCCCACCUGAGCAGCCCCAGCCAAACGUUCCCGGAGCAGCUGAGUCCCAACCCCACCAAGACUUACUUCGCCCAGGAGGGAUGCAGUUUUCUCUAUGAGAAGUUGCCCCCGAGUCCUAGCAGCCCUGGUAAUGGGGACUGCACGCUCCUGGCCCUGGCUCAGCUCCGGGGCCCCCUCUCUGUGGAUGUCCCCCUGGUGCCUGAAGGCCUCCUUACACCAGAGGCCUCUCCUGUGAAGCAGAGUUUCUUCCACUACUCCGAGAAGGAGCAGAGUGAGAUCGACCGUCUCAUCCACCAGAUCAGCCAGUUGGCUCAGGGCAUGGACAGGCCCUUCUCGGCUGAAGCCAACACCGGCGGGCUGGAGCCACUUGGCGGGCUGGAGCCCCUGGACUCCAACCUAUCCCUGCCAGGGGCUGGCCCCCCUAUCCUCAGCCUGGACCUGAAACCUUGGAAAUGCCAGGAGCUGGACUUCCUGGCGGCCCCUGAUGACCUGUUCCUAGAAGAGAUGCCCGUGGAAGACAUCUUCAUGGAUCUCUCCACCUCAGCCCCCAAUGGGGAGUGGGGUUCGGAGAGUCCUGAGGCAGCGGGCCCAGGAGGGGCCCUGUCACCUUGCAACCACCUGUCCCCAGAAGACCACAGCUUCCUGGAGGACCUGGCCACUUACGAAACCGCCUUUGAGACAGGUGUCUCAGCAUUCCCCUACGAUGGGUUUACCGAUGAGUUGCAUCAACUCCAGAGCCAAGUUCAAGACAGCUUCCACGAAGAUGGAAGUGGAGGGGAACCAACGUUUGAAUAAGUCUGUGACUUAAAGUCGUCAGUAUGGCAUAUUGUCAUCAAGACGUGGAGCCGCUCUCCACCCCGCCC